CAGCGCACAAACGUGAACGAACCGUUCGAGUGUGGCAUACGCGAGUUGUAGCGGACGGCGAAACAAAUUAAAGUACGCAACGGUGCGACGACAGUGCAAAAGAGAGUUGAUGCCAAACAGCAACAACACAACAGUGCAACAACAAGCGUGAGUUUGCCUUACUGACGACACUGGCGAGUACCAAAAGCAGCAGCAGCAGCAGCAACAGUAGCUGCAGAAAUUCAGUCCGAGCGCCAAGUAGGGACGCCAAAGUCUGUGGAACACGACGAUAAAGAAACACACGAAACAUAACAUCAGAGUUGGCAACAACAACGCGGCUCACAAUAGCCGUAAGUCUGCGAAACGGACAGUAGGCGCUUAAAGCGCGCAACACCGUUGACAAAGCCAACCAGCAAUUGCGACGCGCGGCAGCAAGAGCAAUUGUUGUGCGGAACGGAACAAAAACGCGACAGCAGCGAAUAGCUUUCGGCACAACCAACACUACACACUAUACAUAUACAUAUAUGUGGCACGAGAAAAAUAACGACUACAACGACUCCGACGACGAGCACCAAACGAAUCCAAUGUAGAGGCGCAGCGCAGCGCAAAGAAGGCAAGAAGGCAAAGCGGAUGUCGGACGCCGCUAAUACACAAACAGCCAGCCAACGGACCAACCUUAGCGCAGGCAACGGCUCAGCCAAACGUUUAGUAGACAAACAGGCGAUUCCUGCUAAGAACACAUGACAAGUCCUCGCUUGUCGCUGCUAACGUUAAGAAGGACAAAAUUUCACUACUCAGCCUUUACACAAAAGUGCAGUGAAAUUUUUCCAACUGAAAAUUUUAAGUGAAAAAGUAAAGUACAACUUUACGGCAGUUGCACAACAAAAACUGAAACAUAACGGCACAACGAAAGUGCAAAGUGCUGUUUUUAAGGUUUUGUGUGUAAGUGUGAAAAAUGAUAAUUUUUAUUGAAAAAAUUUUUUGUGAAUGAAUUUGGCAAACUUGGCUGUGACUUUGGCUCACAGUGACGUGACGAAAUAAGCACUGUGCAUAAGCCAUUGAGAGCGAAUUGGCAAACAAGAAAAAAAAAAAACAAAAAAAAAUUUAUUGUAAAUCAAAUUGAAUAUUGUGCUAAAAUUGUUUUUCAGUUUUGUGCUUACGUUAUGCUUUGAAAAUUCAAAAAAUUUAACGUGAAUUUUGAAAAAAAAAAUAUUUUAUUUUUAUGCUCGUCAUGCAAUAACAAAUAUGCAGCGUUUCGCAUAACAGUUACUGCUAUUGUGAUAUAUAAAAGUGUUUGUGCAGCGGUGAAGGCAGUCAGUACGCGAUUGAAAGUGCAAGCGCAAGGAAACGGCAAACUUAAUGCCCGAAACAAAAACAAGCGCAACUCAAAGAGAAAAAUGCAUAAAGUAAAAGAUAACUGUAAGUCCUUCCCAAAGUGCGACAGACACAGAGAUAAUAAAGAACAGUGAUAAGUGUUAUAAAUAAAUGAAGAACUGAAAGUAACGGAACUCCGAACAAAGUUCAGCACAACUCUGAAAACAAACGCAGUAGUGACAGGCGCAGAAAAAUUUUCCACCAAGCGAAAACUUGCAAUACUGCGUUGUCAUCAUAAGCAGGAAGUGCUAGAGCUCGCAGUUCGGUUUUCAGCUGAUAAGUGCGCAACAAAAACAAAGUGCAAAGAACCAAAAAUAGAAGAUUUCGAAAUAAAGUGCAAAGAAAAGGAAAAUUUGCAACAAAACAAGAAAGCUAAGUGAAAAAGUGAGUUCGACACUUAACAACAACAACAACCGAACUAAGGAUAAUAGUGAGCGCAGGUAGGAGUAGGCAGUCUACAAGCGCGUCAAGUCUCAAGCAGCGCACAAGCAACUUGACAAGUGGACAGACAGACAGACAGACAGCAAGGCGAAGUACAGACGGACACAUAUACAGACAGUGAGCGUGAUUGUGCGGACGAAGAAAGGAGGCAAAUUACCACUGCAAACUCAACUACAGUGCACAGAGAAAGCAAGGCGACGCCAUACUAGAGGCUAACAGCGCAAAGUUACGCACACACACACAGCUAUAAAGAGCCACAGAAGCAAAGAAAGGACGAAAGCCAAGGCAAGUAAGGCAGAAGUGCAGAAAGUAAAGCAGAAGUGUAGAAAGUAAGGCAAAAGUGAGGCAAGUGCGGCAAGCGCGGCAAGUAAAAGAAGCGCUGCAGCAAGACAGCCCGGUUAAGGGGUGUAGAGAAAUUGUCUGUAAGCAGCACAAGCGACAGGUGAAAGAAGAUCCUAACUAGCAACACAGCCACACUUACACACACACGCACGCACAUACAAAGAACGCGUGCGCAUACACCACUACACAGGCUGCCCAGGAACCGAAGACACGCAACAGAAUAAAAGAAAACGUGAAAAGCAUAUAAAAUAUAUAUGCGAGAAUAAAGCUAAAAAUAGCCUACCAGCCAGCCAGGCAGUCGACCCAAAAGCGCUGUAAGCCAGCGCACACGCACACACACACACACACUUGCGCGCACAGCGAGCGAACAGUGGGCGCGGCGACGGUGUGCCACAGUGUCGCAGUGGUUUGGCAAUUUUAUUGGCAACAAAAAAAACCAAGUCGCAACUAAAUUGGCGGAAAGGCAAUAUAAGCCGCGAGCCUUUACUGCGUAGCUCCGGUGGAAUAUUAAAAGGAAAGCCAAGCAAAGAAAGCAAAUAAAAGGAACGAAAAGAAAAGCAAAACUAGUGAGUGUGUUAGUGUGCUAAAAAAGCAAGAAAAAAAGACAAAAAUAAAAGUGAAGUGUGACUAAAAGUAGUUGAGCCUUAGACGUGCAGACAUUCACGGUAUUCAAAAAAAAGUCUAGACAACAACAACGCGUCGGCCUAGUGAAAACGCACGAAGCUGCGUUCGAAAAUCAGAAAAUUCGAAAAUAGCCAGCAAUCGCGCUCUGAAAACUAAUAAAUUCGAAUCCAAAGCCGCGCAGCACUAUCGCCGUGUGUGCCACAAGCCAGUUGAACCACAUAAACGACGGCGCUGAGGUCAAAAGUCUGCGAGUUAGCUAAGCGUGGUGACAUAGAGCCAACAGCGCAAAGGAUCAGCAGCGCAAAGCUUCGCAUAGCCGCAACACAAUCACACAAAAGCAACAGUUUGCGUGCGGCAAUUCGAUUUUCGCCACAACAACAAUACACUUAAGCGUGGUGAAAGUAAGUAAGCGGAUUAAAAAUAAAUCUGUUCUCGUCGUGUGUGAGCAGUGCGUGUCGUGCCACGCUAAUAUAUAGCAUCUACACGCACACGAAGUCUAAAACAAUAGCACGAAGACAACAAAAAUAAAGCGACUGGCAUAAAACACGAAAAGGCAAUUAGUUGGAAGCUAAAGUUAGACGAGACGUAGAUUGAAGUGUGUGUGUAGCUAAAGGCGAAAAUAAACAUUUAGGCACGACUUGAAACGAUAACUACAAAAACAAAAAAGCAAGUGAGCAGCCUAAACUUGUAAGACGCCGUGUGCUAGCGUAGCGAUCGGUCAUAAGCAGCAAAGAGUAAAGUGCGAAAGCAAAGCACAUAAGCGCUGAUAAGGCUGAAUAGUUCCUCAAAGCAACAGCGAAAGAUUAUAACGAUAAACUUAUGCAAAGAAAAUAAACUUGGAAACAAUAUUGAAAAAAUAUGCCAGACAAAUUUGCGGAAAAAGAUUUAUGUGAAAACUAUAACUGAAAAAACUAAGUGAAGCGUCUUUACAGGCAAUUUGCUGUACAAAGUUCCUCAAAAACUCGUAAGCUGUUGGCGUGAGUGUUAUUACAACUACACCGCACCAAAGCGCCAAGACGCGAAAAACAACAAUAUACAUACAUAUAUACACGACCCCAACAACAUAAGCUGCAUAGUCGCAGAUACUCGCAACAGAGACAAACUGGAGUUGCUAACGGUAAACGCGAACCGGCCAACAAGUCGAUUAUCGAUUUUGUCUCCACUGACACAUAACAAGAUUGCUGCGUGCUAGAAAAAGCUAAAAAAAGACGAAGUAGCAAGUGAACAUAAAAACUAAUAAUAAAAGAACAUAAAAUAGACUAAAAAAAAAGAAAAAAAAAAACGACGACACAAGCAACACGAAAGCGCUACGAGCAAAUACUGGCAGACAGACAGCGCAACAGACAGACGGAAGACACUAACUGAAGUCUAGUUGCGCGAGCCAAGUGAGCAGGCGUAUGCUAUAGCGCCAAAAAAAGUAAAAAAUAAAAAUAAAAAACAACAACACAAACAACCAAUACGGGGUGUUGGUAAUGAAACCGGCCGCGUACUAAGGGCGAGCGAACGGACGUCUACGAGAAACAAGCAAAUUGCAGUGACGACUCCACAACCCCAAAAGACAAACGUAGAAACAAACAACACAAAUAUUAACGUAAUCGUUGGGGGAUUACAGUAACAACGAGUGUAUGCGCGACUGGCGAGCCAAGCGCAAACGAACAGACAAUUGAAGUCGGCGAAAUUGCCAUUUCAACGGCGUGUUAUACAACGUUGGCAGUUGAGCCAACGCUGAAAGGCGAAACCGACAAAUAAUAGCCAGCGAUGAAAAUAAAGCGCACAGCGCAAAAGUAGCGAAAACUAUAAAAAAAAAAAAUAAAAUUAAAAUAAAACCAAGUGGCAACUGUGGCAACAGAAAUCAGGCAACGAACGGAAACAGUUGAACAUAAAAGCCAUUGCCACAAGAAACACACCAAAAUCACAGUGAAAUCAACGGCGCAACGAGACGUGUAACGUGUAAGAGGAAAUCGAGGCGCAGGAAACACACACACACACACAGGCACACAACAGUAGCGGAAACGUACUUUUGGCAAAAGAUCAAAAACACAUCCUGUACGAAAGCAGGGACUAGGCGGGCACUACACACACGGCAAGUGGGAAAGCCAGCAAGCGCACAAAACGGCAGGCAACAUAAGGCAGCAAUCAACAAUUUCGGCAAACAACGGAAAAAGUUGGUGAAUAGGCGCCGACAGUGCCAAGACGCCAUAAACGCCACGAUAAGGGAGCUUGCUUGACUUUGCUAGAAACUAACGAGUUUCAUUGGCGGCGCAAAGCCUAACUUGGGCACUGUUGACAAACACAAAGUAACAAAAAAAAAACAAAACAAAAAAAAACACAAAUCAAGAGUGAAAUUAACGAGUGCAACGGUGGCAAGGAAAAGCACUUGCCUAUAAACCAUAAAAAACCGAAAGACUGUUAGAGAAUGAAGACUUUUGUGUGCAAGCGUAUGGCCGCUUAGACUUCAACGUACGCGCCCUAAUACCAUAAUACCCAAAAACACGAAGCCAAAAAACAGUCUUACGCGUUAGUUAGACUAGCUAGAGAUUCCCACACAACAAGCAAAGCGGCUAAAAUCCCUCCCAAAACCCACAAAAACAAAACGAAAGAAAAGCGAGCAAACUUUUGUCAGACCGAAUACAAUUCGUCGACAACUACAAACACCUAAGUCAUCUAUAUAUAUAUAUAUAAUCCCCAGUCAAGUAGUUACGCGAAAAACCCCAAAAAUAGCACGUCUACUUGAGCGUUUGCGUCGCAUCAACAAAAAGAAAAUGUUCUACUCGCUCGUGCAGACCAUCGUUUGUGUGCUGCUCAUUCAGGCCGGCAUUUAUGCGCUGCACUUGAAUGGACCAAGCGCUAACAGCAAUGGCGCGAGCUUGGGUAGCGGCGGCGGCGGUGGCGCUGGCCUCGGUGUCAAUGCGCCCACGAGUCACGGCGGUAGCGGCGCCGCGCAGCUCAAUGCCGCCGUCAAUACAAAUCAAAUGCUCAAUAUACUCUCCGCCAAUCAGCAUGCGCAACAUCUGCAUGCCGGCGGCAGCGGUAGUGGCAGUGGUGGCGGCGGCGGUGGAGGCGUCGGUAUUGGGCUCUCGCGUACGCUAAGCAAUGCCGCUGUCAAUCCGUUGGGUAAUGCCGGUCGCUUGACACAGGAGUUGGCCGAUAGAGCACAGCUCGAACGCGAACGUCUCAUGUUACUCGGACUGGCAAAGCAGACAGCGCUGGCAAAUGGCGGUACCGGUCAUCAUGGACGUCCCAUUAUUACUGGACGCAUACAAAUGAGUCCCGUCGAUGAUGUGGAGAGCGACUAUUCGUCACUGUUGUUGCCACAGACACGCGGUCCGCUGUACGGCAGUGUUGUUAAAGAGCCGGCGGCUGUGGAGGAUGAUGAGUAUGUCGAUGAGGAGCAGCGCGAAUACGAUAGAGCACGUUUGGCUAGUGGCGCACACAGGAAGUAUGAGUAUGGUCGUAUAGUCGAGCCAGCUGAACGUGAAGAGUAUGCGGAGCCACAGCCCAUCGAUGAGUUGGAUGAGCUAAUUGAAGCUGAACCGGAGAUGGACGAUGUGCUCUCCGAUUUAGAGAGCUAUCAGUAUUUGGAUGAGCUGCUGCCGCCAGAACAUCGCAGUUUGUGGGGUGAUGACGGUUUGGGUUAUGGCAUUGCCGGCGGCAAUAGUCGUCCGCAUCAUCUGAAUGACGGUUUUCCAUUGCUGUUGAAUCCAUAUCGCACGCUUGAAGAGCUGGAGAAUAGUCCGUCGCACACCUUGCAAGAAAUAUUCGAAAAGGAGUCGCAUGACAAAGCCGAGACAAAAGCCCACCGCCAACAUGCGUCACACCCGACACACGAGCAGCAGAAGCAGCAACAGCAACAGUACGAACAACAACAACAACAAACACGUCAUCAACAGCCAACGCAGCCACAGCAGCAAUAUACAUUCAGCGGCGGCUACGGCGUUGACUACAACAACAACAUGCAGCAGAAGUGGCAGCGUAAGCGUUCGCAGCAACAACAGCAGCAACGUCAAUUACAGCAAUGGCAACGCAAUAUAUUCGGCCAGCAACUGAAACAACAACAAUUACAUCAUUUCGGCACUCAGCCACAGCGUCACAGCAAACUGUCGCUGGCCAACUCAGAAGCCACCGCCACUAAACAUAUACCGUUAAAUGGCAGUACCAAUGACCUCAACAACAACAACAACAACAGCAAUAACAAAUUGUCAAGCGCUUUGAACGCAUUGGCAACGCAACAACAAAGUUCCUCCGCACCCAUAAUAACCAGCGGCGUUGCGGCUAUAAAGAGUGAUCAGCUGCAGCAACAACAACGACAACAACAACAGCAACAAGUAGAUGAGCCAACACAACAGCAGGUUGGCAAGAUUAGCACUGCUGAUGCUGAAAGUCCAGCAACGGGCUUAUCAAAGGCUGCUGCCAAAUUGAAGGCACAGCAGCAGCAGCAACAACAACACAAAAAACAGCAGACGCCGUCACAAAAGCAAGAUUCUUUCUUGCAUCCCAACCAUAAGCGCUCCGGCAGCGUUGGUGGCGCCAGUGCCGCCAAUGGCAUGUCGGCAGCGGCUGCUGCGGCGGCGACCAACGGUUACUCCUCCAUCGCCAGCCAGCUGAUGUUGCGUACGGCGCGAGGGCAGCGGCAGUAUGACGUGCCACAAAUAGAAUGCCCUACCGCCAUGGAUGGCAUGGAGCGGUUCGCGUGUCCCACACCUGAUGUGCAGGGACGAUAUCGUUGCAUAGACGAUCACGUGCUAUGCGACGGCUUCAUCGAUUGUCCGGAAGGUGAAGAUGAAGACCGAAGAUCGUGUAUGUUCUACAAAACGGUCAAAGCUCACCUAGACGUUUUGGCGGAUGCGCUGCUGCGCUGGGCGCGAGGGCGUUAAACAACAACAGCAUAAACCAUACACGUAUUAAACACAACAUAAACUCGCCUUCCUAUGCAUAAAUGCAAACAGAACAGAAAAACAGAAGAAACACUACACAUCCGAAGCAACACAAAUAGAUAUGUGACUGCUAGCACUCACAUGUUCAACACAUAAACAACGACCAGCACCACCGCAGCUAAAUUGAAAGCGCAAAAGAACACGACAAAACACAAAGCGCCAACAAACCGAAAGUCAAAUAACUAAUUAUUCCGCAAAAUCAUACGGAUGGACACUGAGACACACACACACAAACACAAACUCCUACACGCAUGGUCGCAUAUGAAAAUGCAACAGCAUAAGAGAGAUAGAGCGACAGUGAGACAGAGAGAGAGAUGACGAGCGAGCGUAAUAGUAGUAUUGUUUGUAAAAAGCUGUAAAAGUAUUGUCAAAAUAACGAAAUACUAGAGAAAUAGGAAAAAAACAACAAAAAAGAAAAAAUAACAAAAACCACAAAAAUAAGUAUAACAACUGAAGACAUUAACUGUUAUUAGCGAUAUGUGUGGCAAGCAUGUGAAAUGUUAAUCAAAAACAAGAAAAAAACAAAAACAAAAUUCAUAAAAUAGUUGUGAAUUGAAAUGAGCGUGUGCAAAAACCCCAAAUGAAUGCCAGCAAAUGAAAACUUAUGUAUGUAGUAGUAAAUGUUUAAUCAACUAUAUAGUAAAAAGCAAAGUGUAAGGAAUACUUAAUGUUAUACAUAUGAAUUAUGAUUACAAUUUUGAUUACUUAUUACUUACGAACAAAAAUUACUAUAACUUAACGAUUAUUAAUUAUUAUUAUUAUUAAAAAUUAUUAUAAAUAAAAUUAUAAUUAAAAUUGUAAGCCCCAAAAAAAAUUACCUACUAUUAUUAAUAUUUAAACAAAGUGAAAUUAUUCCAAAAACAAAAAAGUAAGAGAGCCAUAAACGUAAAUAAAGUAAAUUUAAUUAACUGAAAUGUGGCAAAAUAUUUUCGACAUUUAUGUAAUUACUAAAUUAAAUGAUUGUAUAAAGAGUGUUAAUAUUAAAAAAAAAAAAACAAAAAUCAAAUGUUAAUUAAAUAUACAACAGUUUAUAAUAAA